GCAUUCCUUUUGCAUCCCCAAAAAGGAACUAGAAACUUGUGGGGGUGGUCAACCAAGCCUUCUUAGAUAGGAGGGGGUCACAACGUUAUGACUUCAAUGAGCAGAUCUUCACAAGACAAUUUUUGUGGCCAAACUUUAUAGAAAUCUAUCAAAUAUUCACAAAGUUAUGACGUUGUGUGCCAAUUGGCACUCUUGGGGAGUAAUUUUAGCCGAAAAUUAUGUUAAUGCACAUCCUUGCACUUGACGGGAUAUUGUGCAUUUUUCAGUUCACCCUGCAUGAAUUCUGUUGCGCGUUUACCAUCGACAUGGCGCUCUCGACUGAGCUUACUGCUCUCGCUGUCAUGUACCUGUGCUGCAUCGAAGCUUGUUCGCAUGAUUCUGAUUGCUCAGACGAAAUCACUUCUGAUGUUCAAUGUUGUAAUGGCCAUUGCAUCCACAAACACUCUCAAUGUUAUUCACUCGUGCCGAUAUUGAGUCUUACCUUUCUUGCUGUGGGUGUUGUUAUUAUUUGCAUCAUCGGUUGCUGCAGUUGUUAUCCUUUCUGUCCAGGCUUCAGACAAUACCGAUCACAUUCCAUGCGCACUUAUAUCAUCGAAGGUCGACCGUUGUAUCAGCAGCUCACCUCGGAUCCUUCUACAGCAGACAUGGCUGAAGCUUCCUCCGGUUUUUUCUACCCCCAGUUUGUUCGGUUCCAUCAUGGAUACCCGAUGUAUCAGCCUAUUUAUGGGCACCCUAACCCUUACCCGUUAAGGCAGCCCGGAGAUCACUGGUGGCAUAGGGCAACAAACGUGGGACAACUUACUGUGCCUCCUAUGACAGGACAGCUCGCAGAGUGAGGUAAACGAUCGUAUGAACACAAAAAGGCCGGAUAAUUUAAAAUACGAAAUACCUGUCAUAUGAAAUUGCUGCAGUCGAGAAAAAAAAAACAAGAAGUUAGCAGUGGGAAGGACUAAUUCUCCUCGAGCUGCAAGACACUCUAAUCAGUUUGGACUAUCUAUAUGGGAAGGUUGAAACAUUACAUUCGAUAAGCAAAUCAAAUUUGCAACAGAGUUGUUAAUAUUGAAAGUUUAUCAGCAAAGAAGCUUCACACAAAAGAGGUCGAAUUUAUUGCACGGAAUAUAUAACAGUCUACAAUGCUUAGUAGUCUUUUGAUUGGAUGGUUUGCAAGAAAAUUGAUUGAAACAUGAUUCUCUGACUGAGCAUUUAGUAGGAACUCUAGUGGAAAAAAGGGCUCCAUAGUAAUCUUCCGUGGAGCAAGGUUUGAGUUUUCGAUGUCAUAUCAGAGAAAUAUGUCAAAGAGUUACUUCAGAUCAAUAACGCUUUAAGGAUUGAUGCAGUAUUUUUUAUUUUUUCCCUUUCGAGUGACUGGUCAAACCAUCCCCAUUUUGCCAGAGCUCAUUUUCUGUACGAAUAAACUGAUCUUUUACUGAUUCUCGUUUGCAGUUUAAGGGUUUUAUCACUAGUUUACUUGUGUAAGCGUGUUGUGCAUGUGAUAUCAGUGACACUUUCCAAAAUGUAGGAUAACGUCCAUAGGGUUGUUAACCUGACCACGCUGCGUAAAAUCGUUACUGAGUUCUAAGGUUACGAAUUCGACCAUUUUAGAAUUUCUGUCCAAUUCAGGGUUAACUCUGUUUUUACGACUGGGAAGGUUCAGUGGUCCAAAGGGAAAACAAUAUAAAAGAAAACCGCUGUGUUCUUUUGGGGCGGGGUAUUUGACAAUAUAUAACACAAUUCUUUGAUGUUGUUGAUUUGUAUAGUGUUUGAUGGUAAAUAUUAAGUCUCCCUUGUGAAAAGUUUGUCGCUUCUAUGGUUAAAUAAUAUGUAAAAGAAUUUUUCUUGGCACAGCGGAAACUGAAUAGGCUUUUGUCGAUUGUGGUCGUAAAAAUAGGUACCCAAAGGGUACAUGAGGGUACAUGUAUGGGAUGCAGACUCAUUUGCAUUAAACGGACACGAGCCGAUGACAAUAGUGUUUCGUUGCAUGUCUUACAUAUCAUCUGCAGCUAUUCUUCAGAAUCAGCAAAACGCUCCCGAGGGAUUGAAGCUCUCUGUACGACAUUGUUAACUGCUGAACUAUCUGAACUGGAACCAAUUGCUCGACAUCACCGAGCCGUACGCGCGGGGCUGAGACCAAGUCCACAGGCGAGACCGGCCGGAGCCAAAUUUGAGAAACAUAAAUAAAAGAAGUACUGUAUAUUCAAAACGAAGUUACGUUGCUUUUUCAUUUCGUGAAAAUCAAAACAGCCAGAUUAUGCUAACAGAGCUAAAUUUAGACAAAAGUUAAAUUAACAUUAUGCCCGGUUUGCUAAAUUAUGUCAAGAAUUUAAUGCUAGUAUAAUUUUUGAAAACUUCCGAAGAGAUCUUUGGUAUUUCGUUAAAAGUUUUUGGUGAGGUAUAACAAACAGGCUGAGAUUCAUUGUCGUUUAAAGAAAAAUCCCUUGUUUGUGUUUUGCGAACAGAAAUAAUUUCGAAGAUUGAAGGCUUCAGAGUCCGUCACAAACUGGUCCAAUACCCCUGUCACGCGUCACGCAUUGCGUAACGUGACAGGGUAAGGGCCAGAUCAGACCUGGUAAAGGUCGAGAAGUCGCUGGUAAACCUUCUGUGAUGGAUACAGACGAAAUCCUGGAAGAGAUUGGAAGCUUUGGAUUCUUUCAAAAGCGAAAUUCUUUACUUCUUGGUCUUAUUAUUUUCGUGCUGACUUUCCAAACGGUUUCAAUGGUGUUCAUUGGCGGUGAACCAACAUGGCGUUGUGCAGUAAACAGCUCGGUUUGCACACGGAAUGGUACGAUCAGUUUCGACGAUAGCUAUUAUAACUCAAGGUGCAACAUGAGUUCUGAUGACUGGGAAUUUACAACUGAGUUUACAUCUAUAGUCACUGAGUGGACCCUGGUUUGUGGGAAGGAAUACUAUGCAAGUCUGUCUCAAUCAGUGCUGUUUAUUGGAUGGAUUCCGGGAGCUUUUAUUAUUGGACGACUGUCAGACAAGUUUGGUCGUAAGCGUGUUUUAUUCCCUGCUAUCUUUGGGGUUGCUGUUGCUUCAUUUGCAAGCUCAUUUGUUUCUGUGUUGUGGUUGUUUCUGACACUACGAGGAAUAGCAGGUUUCUUUCAAGGAGGAGUUUACAUCACUCUUUAUGUGCUUGUGACAGAAUUUGUUGGACCAAAAGAUCGAGGUUUUUCUGGGACUUUAGUGUGGAUAUUUUACACGUCGUCACUCAUGGUGCUGAGUGGAUUAGCUUAUGGGAUAAGGAAUUGGAGAACUUUGUCAAUUGUCAUUUCAGCCCCUGCAUUUCCUUUGCUGAUUUUUUGGAGGUGGGUUCCAGAAUCCUGUCGAUGGCUGAUAGUUCACGGGAAAGCCGGUGAGGCUGAGAAGGUGUUAUCAUCAAUUGCUAGCUUGAAUAAAAAACAGCUACCAGGUGAUAAACUUUCACUGGAACACAAUGAGGAAGCCAUGAAAGAAGGCGGAUUUUUUGAUCUGCUUCGUACCAGAAAACAGCUUUUCAGGACCCUGAUUCUUUGGUUUGCAUGGUUUACUAAUUCCAUGGUUUAUUAUGGAGUACUGUUGAGUGUUGGAGUGCUUGGUGGUAGUCUCUAUCUGAAUUUUUUUCUCACAAGUGCCAUUGAUAUUCCCAGCAACUUUUUUGUGAUCUGGUUCAUGAGUUGGCAAAAAAGAUUUUUGUGUCACAAUUUUUACGGCAGGAAGAGAGCUUUGACUCUUUGUAUGUCUCUGGCAGCAAUCUUCUGUGUCAUUGUGUCUGUUAGUCCCCCAGCUUCUGACUCAGACAAAGGUGCCACAGCUCUUCGUGUCAUUUUCGCAGUUCUUGGGAAGUUCUGCAUAAACGCAUCGUUCAGUACAAUCUAUGUGUUCUCAACAGAACUUCUUCCAACAGUCAUCAGGAACGUCGGAAUGGGAAGCAUGGCGGCGUUUGAUCAAACCGGUGCCAGUAUUGCUCCGUUUGUUGUUUUACUGGACAAAACCCACCCGGUAAUUCCAUUUGCUAUGAUGAGUGGCUUCGCAUUUAUCGCCGGAUGUUUAUGUGGCAUUCUUCCUGAGACUCUCGGACGACCAACACUCGAAACAUUGGAGGACGCGUCUGAUGAAAGACCUCAACACAAACCCGCCGGCAUUGAAGAACCUCUUACGCCAUCUCUUUGAACGCCAGGGGUGUUCUGUUGAUCCCAGGGAUAUUCUAAAAGCUGACAGAUCUUAUCGAAGUCCGCAACUCAGAUCUACUGGCCUUGAAGAACCUCCCCCCCCCCCCAGCUUACCUUCUGUCUGAACCCCAGGGGUAUUCUCUUGAUCCAGGGAUAUUUUCAAUUUAUCGCUAAUGGAGACAUAAGGUGAUUGAUCAUAUCGAAGUCCGCAACGCAAAUCUACUGGAAAAUAACCCAACCCCAGUUUACCUUCUCUCUGAACUCCAGGGGUAUUCUCUUGAUCCAGGGAUAUUUUCAAUAUAUCACUAAUGGAGACAUAAGGUGAAGGAUCAUAUCGAGGGCGCGACUCAAAUCUAGUGGCCUUGAAGAACCUCUUACCUUAUCUGUCUGAACCCCAGGGGUAUUCUUCUUGGUCUCAGGAACAUUUCAAGAGACAUUAGAUUACAGGUCUGAUCGAACAAGAACUUCUUAUCUCAUCUUUUUAAACCAUACGGGUAUUUUCUUUAAAAACCUAGAGUAAUUCACUCCUCAUUCUUUCUCUAUACAGGGUUGCGACUCAGUCGUAUGUUUUUUAAACGAUAAUUUUUUCACAUCCUUGUAAAUGUGAUUCUUCUGGAGAAAGGCAAGGAAAAGGUGGAGAGGACACCCUUGGCAGUUGCUUGACCAGCUUUUGUGUAUAAUACAUGCAGCUAUGCGUGUUUUUAUUGUUGUUGUAAUUGGUUUUAAACCGUUGGAUAAUGGAAGGGCCAAAUCCGAAAGAAGGAAGUGUUUUUUGUAAAAAAAAAAAACCAUUCCAAUACGCCAAAGUGGAAUAAUUGUAAGCUAUUCUUCUAGCGGGAAGAUAAAUUAAAUUUUCAACAACUG